CUUGUGAAUACUUCCUCGCCCUCAUUCGCUCUUCAGCCUGAUCUUCAUCGACUCAGGGCUUCAUCCACUGCGCAGACAGCCCCGCAUCGCUCGCGAAAGGCUGCCGGUUCCCUGCCUGACGCUGCACAACAAAACACAAUCUCCACCGCCACCCUCUCUGGAAUUCGAUCUCUCUCUUACCCACUCCGCCUACCGUGUGCCAUGGCGUCGCUGCCCGAAAACGUCCACACGGCCUUGUCCAACGUUCUGAGUGGUCUCCAAUCCUCUGACAAUGUGACGCGCACAGCUGCCGAGGAACAGUUGAACAAUGAAUGGUUCAUCCAGCGACCCGACGUGCUGCUCUUGGGUCUCUCCGAGCAGAUGGAUUUUGCCCCGGACUCUAAUACGCGCAAGUUCGGUGCCGUCAUCUUCAGGAGGGUAUCCUCCAAACCCCGCAAAGCCCCAAACAACCAAAAGACUGCCGACGCAUUCCUGACCUUGAAUGCUCCCGAGCGAGAAGCUAUACGUGCGCGUAUACUACAAUGCCUAGGCAAAGAACAGGAACCUUUGGUCAGGAACAAAAUCGCAGACGCUGUAGCAGAGCUUGCACGGCAGCACACAGAAGAGAACGUACCUUGGCCUGAGUUGCUUGGGGCUUUGUCUCAAGCCAGUCAAUCCAAUGACGCUGGUCUGCGCGAGACGUCGUUCAGGAUCUUCUCCACCACCCCUGGUAUAAUAGAAGCACAGCAUGAGGAUAUUGUGCUAGCUGCUUUCAAGCGGGGAUUUGGCGAUAGCGAGAGCCCUGUACGCGUGGCAGCUGUUGACGCUUUCGCACAAUUCUUCCGCUCCAUCACCAAAAACGCCCAGAACAAAUACUUCCAGUUGAUUCCAGAUAUCUUGAAUAUCCUUCCCCCAAUCAAGGAUUCUGGUGAUGGGGACAUGCUCACCAAAGCCCUUGUGUCGUUGAUCGAAUUGGCAGAAGUCUCACCUAAAAUGUUCAAACCUUUGUUUAACAGUCUUGUACAAUUCAGCAUAUCGGUUGUUCAAGACAAGGAAUUGGAUGACCAGCCGCGUCAAAAUGCCUUGGAACUCAUGGCCACAUUCGCUGACCAUGCUCCAGUUUUGUGCAGGAAGGAUCCAAAUUUCACGAAUGACAUGGUCACCCAGUGUCUGUCAUUGAUGACAGAUGUUGGAGCAGACGACGACGAUGCUGAAGAAUGGAACGCUAGUGAAGACGUCGGCGACGAUGAGAGUGAUUCGAAUCAUGUUGCUGGCGAGCAGACAAUGGAUCGUCUAGCCAACAAGCUAGGCGGACAGACGAUACUGCCUCCGACUUUCAACUGGCUUCCUAGGAUGAUGACUUCGUCUGCUUGGCGCGACCGACAUGCUGCCCUUAUGGCUAUAUCUGCUAUCUCCGAGGGCUGCCGUGACUUGAUGAUCGGGGAACUGGACAAAGUACUCGAUCUGGUUCUUCCAGCCCUCCGCGACCCGCACCCUCGUGUUCGCUGGGCAGCUUGCAACGCUGUUGGACAAAUGAGCACCGAUUUUGCCGGUACUAUGCAAGAAAAGUAUCACCAAGUUGUCUUGCCAAGCAUCAUUCCUGUGCUUGAGUCUUCCGAACCACGUGUGCAGGCACAUGCGGCAGCCGCCUUGGUCAACUUCUGCGAGGAAGCGGAGAAAAACAUCCUGGAGCCUUAUCUUGAUCAACUACUCAAUCAUCUGCUUAUGCUUCUCCAAAGUCCCAAGCGAUUCGUACAAGAGCAAGCGCUGUCCACUAUUGCUACAGUCGCUGAUUCUGCCGAAGCUGCUUUCUCCACCUACUAUGACACCUUGAUGCCAUUGCUUUUCAACGUUCUCAACGAAGAACAAUCAAAGGAAUAUAGGCUUCUGAGGGCCAAAGCUAUGGAAUGCGCGACAUUGAUUGCCCUGGCAGUUGGAAAAGACCGCAUGGGUGGCGACGCUUUAGCUUUGGUACAACUACUCGGACGUAUUCAGAAUGGCGUUACUGAUAGCGACGAUCCGCAAUCAUCGUACCUGUUGCACUGCUGGGGUAGAAUGUGCCGGGUGCUUGAGAAGGACUUCGUUCCAUUCCUGGCUGGGGUGAUUCCUCCACUAACCGAACUUGCUGCCGCCAAAGCCGACAUUCAACUUCUCGAAGACGAAGACCAAGUGGCUGCAAUGCAAGAUGAGGAGGGGUGGGACUUGGUGCCGGUCAAAGGAAAGGUGCUCGGUAUCCGGACCGCGGUACUAGAUGACAAGCACAUGGCUAUCGAGCUAAUCGUUAUUUACGUGUCAGUGCUCGAAGAGGCUUUUGAGCCUUAUGUCAACGAGAUCAUGGAGAAGAUUGCACUUCCUGGUCUUGCGUUCUUCUUCCACGAUCCGGUUCGAGUUGCAUCCGCAAAAUGUGUGCCUGCACUCCUCAACGUUUACAAAAAAGCACACGGUCCUCAAUCGGCUCAACUCGGUCAACUUUGGGCGGUCACAGCGGAACGCGUAUUGGAAGUCUUGAGUACCGAGCCUGCCAUCGACACAUUGGCAGAGAUGUACCAAUGCUUUUACGAGUGUGUUGAAUGCAUUGGCAAAGACUGUCUGUCGGAAAAACACAUGAAAGACUUCAUCGUGUCAGCUAAAAGCGUUCUGGACGAUUAUCAAGUUCGUGUCACGAAGCGUCUUGAGGAACAGGCGCAAAAUGAAGAUGGGGAUGAAGUUGACGAGGAAAUUCUUUUCGCGAUCGAGGACGACCAAACUUUGCUUUCAGACAUGAACAAAGCGUUCCACACCAUCUUCAAGAACAUGGGUACCGCCUUUCUGCCAUUUUGGCAAGAACUCAUGGAUUAUUACAAGAUGGCUGCCAUCAACCAGGAUCCCACCCAGCGACAGUGGGCUAUUUGUAUCUUCGAUGAUGUGCUCGAGUUCUGCGGUCCUCAGUCCUGGAACUAUCACCAAGAUAUGGUCCAGCCUAUCAUCAACGGCAUGCAAGACGAUGUUCCCGCUAACCGUCAAGCUGCUGCAUACGGCGUGGGUGUAGCUGCCCAUCGUGGUGGGGACGCCUGGUCAGACUUUGCCGCAGCGAGCCUACCAACGUUAUUCCAGAUCGUUCAGCGACCCAGCGCAAGGGCAGACGAUGAUGUAUUUGCCACUGAAAAUGCUUGUGCCAGUAUCGCCAAGGUCCUGCACUAUAACGCUGCUAAGGUUUCCAAUUGGCAAGAAGUGGCUACUGCGUGGGUAGAUACACUUCCUGUAGUCAACGACGAGGAAGCUGCACCCCACGCAUACGCAUUCUUGGCCCAGCUCAUUGAGCAACAAAACCAGGCUGUCUUCAGCAAUCCCGGCAAGACGUUUGUGCACGUGGUACAUGCUCUAGAAGCCGAGACUUUGCAGGGCAAGACGGCGACACAUGUUGUCAAUGCCGUCAAAGCGUUGAUUCAAGCCACAAACACCAACCUUUCUCAGGUUGCCGCUAGUUUGACAGUCGAGCAACAGAGGACUGUUCAAGCUUACUUCAGUUAA